CUUUAGUCAAGGAGUUUGAAAAAGAUUUAUAAGGAUAGUAGUAGGAAAGUUUUGAGAAGGACCAGAGCUAUGCAAUACACCUGUUGGAAGCUCACAAAUUUAUACGGAGAGUUAAGGGAAAGUUGGAAGGGUCACUUCUGCGUUUGUUAAAUUACAUGUUACUGAAGUUGGUUAUUUAUUUAUUUAUUUUUUCUCCCCAAGCUGGAAUUUAGACCUUGCACUUGAGCGCUCGGUACCUGGAAACAGCCAUGGAGUGGAAAAUACUUUCCAUGUACUUGCUGCUACUUUCUGUUUUCUUGAUUCAGCAAGUUUCUUCUCAAGAUUUACCAAGCUGUGCAGGGAGAUGUGGGGAAGGGUAUUCUAGAGAUGCCGCCUGCAACUGUGAUUAUAAAUGUCAACACUACAUGGAGUGCUGCCCUGAUUUCAAGAAAGUCUGCACCAUGGAGCUUUCCUGUAAAGGCCGCUGCUUCGAGUCCUUUGCAAGAGGGAGGGAGUGUGACUGUGACUCAGAUUGUAAGAAGUAUGGCAAGUGCUGUCCCGAUUAUGAGAAUUUUUGUGGAAAAGCGCUGCCUGGCUCCGCCGGGCUCCAGGAGCAUCAGAGAUUGCUGGUUGAGGAACAGAGAGGACAGGGGCCGAGUGUACGUGCUUUUUCCUCAGUGCAUAAUCCCACAACACCACCAUCUUCAAAGGCUUCACCUCCACCUCCAGGAGCAUCUCAAACCAUCAAAUCAACAACCAAACGUUCACCCAAAGCACCAAACAAGAAGAUGACUAAGAAAGUGAUAGAAUCAGAGGAAAUAACAGAAGUAACAGAUAACAAGAAGGAAAGAACUCCCAAAAAGAAACCUACCCCAGAACCACCAGUUGUAGAUGAAGCUGGAAGUGGACUGGACAAUGGUGACAUCAAGCUCACCCCAACUCCUGACAUUCCUACUACCCAACACAAUAAAGUUACCACAUCUCCCAAGAUUACAACAGGCAAACCAAUAAAUCCUAAACCCAGUCUUCCACCUAAUUCUGAUAUAUCCAAAGAGACACCUUCAACACCUAAUAAGGAGGCAACAGUUGAAACUAAAGAGGCUUUUUUAACAAACAAAGAGACUUCAAGUGGAACAAAAGAGAAGACUUCAACUAAAGAGACAAGAAAUGCAGAAAAAACACCUCCUAAAGAUUUUGUACCCACAUCCAAAGCUCCUGUUAAAUCUACACCCGAAGCUGAAACUACAACCAAAUCCCCUGCUCCCACCACCACCAAGGAGCCCACUCCCACAACCCUCAAGAAGCCUGUUCCUACUACCCCCAAGAAGCCUGCACCUACCACCAAGGGGCCGACACCUACCACUCCCAAGGAGCCUGCGCCCACCACCAAGGAGCCUACACCCACCACUCCCAAAGAACCUGCACCCACAGCCCCCAAGGAGCCUACACCUGCCACCCCCAAGGAGUCUGUACCCACCACUCCCAAGGAGCCUGCACCCACCAUCCCCAAGGAGCCUACACCCACCACUCCCAAGGAGCCUGCACCCACCACCCCUAAGAAGCCUGCUCCCACCACUCCUAAGGAGCCUGCACCCACUACCACCAAAGAGCCUGCACCCACAGCCCCCAAGGAGCCUACACCUACUCCCAAGGAACCCGAACCCACCACUCCCAAGGAGUCUGAACCCACCACCCCUAAGAAGCCUGCUCCCAUCACUCCUAAGGAGCCUGCACCCACUACCACCAAAGAGCCUGCACCCACAGCCCCCAAGGAGCCUACACCUACUCCCAAGGAGCCCGAACCCACCACUCCCAAAGAGCCUGCACCCACCACCCCUAAGAAGCCUGCUCUCACCACUCCCAAGGAGCCUGCACCCACAGCCCCCAAGGAGCCUGUACCUACGGCCCCCAAAGAGCCUGCACCCACUGCUCCCAAAGAGCCCACCCCCAAAGUCCCCAAGAAGCCUGCUCCAGCUUCUCUUGAGACACCUGCUCCAACCAUCUCAGAGGCCUCUACUACAACUACCACCAUGGGGCCUCCCACUACUCCCAAGAACCCUGCUGAAUCAAUUCCUGAGUUUCCUGCAGAACCCACACCAAAGGCUCUUGAAAACAGUCCCAAGGAACCUGUUGUACCUAUAACCAAGGCUCCUGAAGUGACCAAAGCUGAAAUGACUACAACAGCUAAAGACAAAACAAUAGGAAAAGACAUACAUAUGACGAUACCUGAAAUUACAACCGCUGUACCUAAGAUUACAACCCAAGAGACAGCAACUCCAAGAGAAGAAACCACUGAGUCCAAAACAAGUACAACCACACAAGUAACAUCUAUCACAUCGUCCAAAAGUACUCCUAAAGCAACAACUCGUGCACCCAAAGUAAUGACUACAACAAAAAAGACAACUACAACUGAAGAGACUGUGAAUAAACCCGAAGAAACCACAGCUGUGCCAAAAGAUACAGCCACAAAUCCUGAAGUGUCAACUUCUAAACCUCAAAAGCCAACCAAAGCACCAAAAAGGCCCACUUCUACCAAAAAGCCAAAAAUACCUAAAGUGAGAAAACCAAAGACUACAGCAACUCCCCCAAAGAUGACUACAUCGACAAUGCCGAAAUUACACCCUACCUCUUCAGCGGAAGCCAUGCUCCAAACUACCGCCAGCCCCAGCCAAAGACUUAACUCAGAAAAAGUUGAAGUAAAUCCAAAUAAAGAUGCAGAUAUUGCUGGAGAAAAACCUCACAUGAUCCCCAGGCCCCCUGUGUUAACCCCUGUAUUUAUCCCAGGCACUGAUAUCUUGAUGAGAGGAUCCAACCAAGACAUCACCAUCAAUCCCAUGCUUUCAGAUGAGACUAAUUUAUGCAACGGUAAGCCAGUAGAUGGACUGACUACUUUGCGCAAUGGAACACUGGUUGCAUUUCGAGGUCAUUAUUUCUGGAUGCUGAGUCCAUUCAAUCCACCACCUCCACCUCGUAAAAUUACUGAAGUUUGGGGUAUUCCCUCCCCCAUUGAUACUGUUUUUACUAGAUGCAACUGUGAAGGAAAAACUUUCUUCUUUAAGGAUUCCCAGUACUGGCGUUUCACCAAUGGUGUAAAAGAUCCAGGGUACCCCAAACAAAUUGUAAAAGGAUUUGGAGGACUAAAUGGAAAAAUAGUGGCAGCUCUCUCAGUAGCUAAAUACAAGAACAGACCUGAAUCUGUGUAUUUUUUCAAGAGAGGUGGCAGCAUUCAGCAGUAUAUUUAUAAACAGGAACCCAUCAAAAAGUGCCCUGGAAGAAGGCCUGCUAUCAAUUAUUCAGUGUACAGAGAAACAACACAGGUUAGGAGACGUCGCUUUGAACAUGCCAUAGGACCUUCUCAAACACACACCAUCAGAAUUCACUAUUCACCCAUCAGAGUCUCUCACCAAGACAAAGGUUUCCUCCAUAAUGAAGUUAAAAUGAGUUUACAGUGGAGAGGAUUUCCAAGUGUGGUGACUUCAGCUAUCGCACUGCCCAACAUCAGAAAACCAGACGGAUAUGAUUACUACGCCUUUUCUAGGAAUCAAUACUAUAACAUUGAUGAACCCAGAAGAACAGCAAGACUCAUUACUACUCGUUCUGGGCGGAGCUUAUCCAAUGUCUGGUACAACUGUCCUUAGACCCACGGGCAAAGGAAGAGUCAACUAAUUAAAUGAAGAAUGAAAAAUUUUGACACUGAAAUACAUUUUAUUAAUAAAGCAUGUUGAGAGAAGCAUA